AUGAGUGCACUCUACCAGCGAGAUGCAGCCUCGAUACCUGAUCGAGGGCCCGCACUUGUCUUCUUGAUGUGGGCCCUGACUUUUAUUUCAUUCGUUACUGUUGUUCUUCGGUUCAUCUUCCGCGCGCGUAAGAACCAGAUCGGCUGGGAUGACAUCUUCAUGGGUACAACCUGGAUGUGCUUCGUCGGAUGGUCUGUUGUACUGACGUUGUAUGCCAAUCGCGGCGGCUGCCAGCACAUCUGGGAUGUGGAGAAGCGCGGAAUGGAUAAUCUGACAAGAGCCAUCCUGCUGAACUGGACUUCGCAGAUAUUCGGCAUCGUUGGCGUGGCGUCCGGAAAGAUUUCCAUUUCGGCAUUGCUGCUGAACAUCAUGAGAGACAUGGGCUGGACGUGGCAGCGCAUCUACCUCUGGAGCGUAACGAUCAUCUUCACGAGCUUGGUGGCCAUCUCGUGCUCGCUUCUGACGUUUCUACAAUGCCGUCCGCCACAGCGCUUGUGGGAUCCGCGAAUCGACGGUACAUGCUUGGACCCUAAAGUCAUGGCUGCCUAUGGCAUCUUUACUGGUUCCUUCUACACCUUUGCCGAUGCUAGUCUGGCGAUGAUCCCAUUGACCGUCUUUUGGAAGCUCCGGAUCAGCGUUCUUCAGCGCAUUCAGUUAUGCAUCGUUUUCGGACUCAACAUCCUAACAUCGGUAUGCUCGGGCAUUAAGACGCGUCAUCUUUCACAACUCGGUAAUCGCACCGACCUGACGUGGGCGACAUAUGACAUCUUUGUCUGGGUCACUGCUGAGCUCUUUCUGCUGGUCGUGUGCGGCACCGUGCCCACUCUCUAUCCGCUUUUGCGACGGAUACAAUCGCUGUGUGUGGUGAUUAGGCGCAAAGUGUUGCCGAGAUCGGUAUCGAACGAAGAUCCUUUGAGGCAAUCGGAUGAGGUCUUGACGAUUGGCAAGAUCAGGAUGCGACUGAAGAGACAAGAUACUGCAAUGUCGUCGAACAGCGAAAGCCAAGCGAGUACUCUUGGGCCGGCCAGGAGCUGA